GUCAGCAAUCCAGCAGCACCUGCACCAUGAGUGUCUCUGUGCUGAGUGUCAUUAGACCCCUGGGUGGUGUCUCUGGGCUCCUGCAAGUGGCCUAUGUGCUAGGGCUGGUUCUGCUGCUGCUCAAGGCAGCACAGCUGUACCUGCACAGGCAGUGGCUGCUCAGAGCAGUCCAGGAGUUCCCGCCCCCUCCUUCCCACUGGCUCUUUGGGCACAGGCAUGAGCUCCAAAAGGGUCUGGAGCUACAAGAGCUUCAGAAAAGGGCAGAGAAAUAUCCAUGCGCCAGUCCUCGCUGGCUAUGGGGGAGCAGGGUUAGCCUCAUAGUCUAUGACCCAGACUACAUGAAGGUGAUCCUGGGGCGAUCAGGAUGCCCUUCUUCUGACACCCUGGGUAUCUCCCCAGUUGUCCUCAGACAACUCUUGAGAGGUUCCUUCCCCCCCACACACACCCAUUGUGGUCCAGGGUAUGGUUUGCUCCUGUUGAAUGGGAAGACGUGGUUCCAGCACCGGAGAACGCUGACCCCAGCCUUCCACUAUGACAUCCUGAAGCCCUAUGUGGGGCUCAUGGCCGACUCUGUCCAAGUGAUGCUGGACAAAUGGGAGGAGCUCCUAAGCCAGAACUCAUCUCUGGAGAUCUUUGUGUUCUUAUGGGUGAGGAACGUUUUCUACCAGAAAGACAUCAUCUACAGGCUGACCACCGAAGGCCGCUGGAACCACUGGGCCUGCCAGCUUGCCCAUCAACACACAGACCGAGUGAUCAAGCUAAGGAAGGCUCAGCUGCAGGAGGAGGGAAACCUGGAGAAGGUCAGGAGCAAGAGGCACUUAGACUUCCUGGACAUCCUCCUCUUUGCCCAAAUGGAGAAUGGGACCAGCUUUUCCGACAAGGACCUCCGUGCAGAAGUCGACACUUUCAUGUUUGAGGGCCAUGACACCACAGCCAGCGACAUCUCCUGGAUCCUCUAUGCUUUGGCCACACACACAGAGCAUCAGCAGAAAUGCCAGGAGGAGAUCCAGAGCCUCCUGGGGGACGAUGCCUCCAUUACCUGGGACCACCUGGAUCAGAUGCCCUACACCACCAUGUGCAUCAAGGAGCCACUGCGACUCUAUCCGCCAGUUCCAAGUGUUGGCAGAGAGCUCAGCAAGCCCAUCACCUUCCCUGACGGACGCUCCUUACCCAAAGGAUUCUUAGUGACGCUCUCCUUUUAUGCCCUUCACCACAACCCAAAGGUGUGGCCAAACCCAGAGGUGUUUGACCUUUCCCGGUUUGCACUGGGCUCCUCUCGACACAGCCAUGCUUUCCUGCCCUUCUCAGGAGGAUGGAGGUGA